AUGGAACAUUCAAAGACAGCGAGCGAACUGCAGCAGGAGCAGUCAGAUGAGCUCUUCGCGCGUCAACUUCAAGCACAGCUCAACAACCCCGGAGAUGGUGCAGAUUGUGCGCCUACGGGAAGUGGGCCGCUGGUAUCGGUGCAGGAGGCUGCCGAUGCUGCUUUAGCUCGCCAGCUUCAAGAGGAGAUCAACCGUCAAGAGGCCGCCGCCGGUGCAGGGACCCCUACAGCAGGUGCGGCUGACAUGGUCCCUGUGGAGUGCCCCGCUUGCACAUUUGUCAACUACAUCAAGCCAUCUAGCCCAUUAAAGCACUGGAAAUGUGUACAGUGCCGUGAGCCAUUGAAGGAGAAAGUACCGCACUCGAACCACAGCACUCACAAGGACCUCGUAGAGUGCAAAGUGUGUCAUUCCUUUAACAAGCUUCCCUCGAAGAAGUCUGAUGCAGUUUUGUGUGGUGGAUGCUAUCAGGAGCUUGGAUCAACCCUCAACACAGCUCCCCUUGUAGAUAGCACAGAAAACCAACGUACAGUGCAGCUUCGUUGUGGCCAAUGCAACGUGAUCAAUGCUGUGACAAUUGGUGUCGAUGUGAAGAAAUUGGAGUUCAUUUGUGGUGGUUGUGGAGUCUUGAACACGAUGGUACUUGACUAA